AUGCCGAAAUCGAAGUCAUCGUUGUCGUCGGAGCUUCUCCCUUCCAAUGUCGAUUCCGCCAUCGUCAUCUCUCUCUUCUCCUCCUCCGAUGGCGAUUGCGAUUGGGAUGUCGUAGAGGCUGUUGUCGUCAGAGCUUCUCCUCUUCCGAUGUCGAUUUCGUCAUCGGAGGGGGAGGGGUUCACAUGGAAGAAUUUUAUUGGACCGUGUGUAAUCCGAAAUUCAGAUCUAUGGGAAAAGGAAGAAAACGCUGGAGUCUCUCUUUCUCUCUUCUCCUCCUCUAUGUCGAUGGUGAUUGCGAUGCCGAAAUCGAAGUCAUCGUUGUCGUCGGAGUUUCUCCCUUCCAAUGUCGAUUCCGCCAUCGUCAUCUCUCUCUUCUCCUCCUCCGAUGGCGAUUGCGAUUGGGAUGUCGUAGAGGCUGUUNUCGUCAGAGCUUCUCCUCUUCCGAUGUCGAUUUCGUCAUCGGAGGGGGAGGGGUGGGUCUUUAGAGAAAAUCAUUUUAAGUAG